GUCCCUCCGCACCUCUUAGCUUAUGCGCUGCCUUUACAUUAAAGGUGACGAUCUGGUUUCUCACGCGUGGGGACCUGGCCAAUCCCCCGAAGGUGCCAUUUGAUCCUUUAAACAAUCCCGUCUCUCCCCUAAGAUAUUCAAUUCAGUCAUCACCUGGCAACCGUCUCUGUGGCGACCGCUUCAGAGGGCGAGGAAUGCAGGUGUAGCCGAGCAGCCUUAAGAAACAAAGUCCUCACGGACAAACGCGACGGUCUCCAGCCUGCGGACCGCAACCGGCGCUCUGCUCUCAGUUUGAACGUGUUGGCUUCCUCUGUCCGUGUAGAAAAACUGAGAGAGAGAGAGAGAGAGGGGGGAUUUUCUGUGCCCGUCAUGCGGUCUUCUGGCAACCCCUCGCGGCAGAACCAGAGGAAGACACGCGGCGGAGGGGUCGGCAGAGACAGAUAGAGCAGGGGAACCAGAUGUCUGAGCAGAGAUGUUGCCCAGAUCAGAAAACAAGAUCCACCCAAAUGAAGUGGACAGCCAGUGGAAAGUUCUAGAUGUGCACCAGCUUCUGUUCGACAUCAGGAAGCGCAGCCUGUUCACCUCCUGGAUAAAGCAGAACAUCAAGAAGAAGGAGUGCUGCUUCUACGCUGAGGAUGAAAGCAAAGGGGUCUGUAUGUGUGGCUACCCCAGAAUUCAUCAUGCGGAAGAUGCUUUCAAGCCCGACGAGUUUGUGGGCGAGACGUGGGACAGGCACAAACACAUUAGGGAGGUGCCCACGGACGCCUACGGAGACAUCAGCUUCGGUGGCCUGGGACAGAAAAUGGGAAAGUAUGUGCGAGUGUCCACAGACACCUCCACCGAUGCCUUGUACCAGCUGAUGACUGACCACUGGAAGCUCCGCCCACCUAACCUCCUCAUCUCUGUGACGGGCGGAGCUCAGAACUUCUACAUGAGGACCCGGCUGAAGGAGAUGUUCCGCAGGGGGCUGAUCAAAGUUGCCCAAACCACAGGUGCGUGGAUCCUGACUGGUGGCACUCACACGGGGGUGAUGAAGCACGUGGGGCAGGCAGUGCGGGACUACACCCUGACCUCCAGCUCCACGGAGGACCAGAUUGUGGCCAUCGGCGUGGCCACCUGGGGGAUCGUGCUCAACCGGCACACUCUGGUGAACCCCGAGGGCUGCUUCCCGGCUCACUACUCCCUGGACGAGCGGAGCCAGGGCCGGCUGUCCUGUCUGGACAACAACCACUCCCACUUCCUGCUGGUGGACGACGGGACGCACGGGCGCUACGGCGUGGAGAUAGCCCUCCGCAGCAAGCUGGAGAAACUCAUUUCCCAGCAGCCCCUGGGGAACAAAGAGAGUGGGCUGAAGGUCCCUGUGGUUUGCGUGGUGCUGGACGGUGGACCGGGGACCCUGGAUACGAUCUACAACGCCAUGCUGAACGGCACCCCGUGCGUGAUCCUGGAGGGUUCUGGGCGGCUGGCCGACGUCAUCGCCCAGGUGGCCGAGCGGCCCAUACCCCAGGUCACCCUCGCCCUCAUUCGCCAGCUGAUGAUGAAGUUCUUCGGCCCGGAGUUCGAGAGGUUCCAAGAGCUCCAGCUCAUCGAGUGGACCAAGAAGAUCCAGGACAUCCUCAGGACGCCCCAGCUACUGACGGUGUUCCGAAUCGACGAGGAGGGACAAAGUGACGUGGACGUGGCCAUCCUCCGAGCGCUCCUCAAAGCGUCCCGGAGCAGUCCUUCUCCAAGCCUGGAACCCAAGAACUGGGAGCAGGAGCUGGAGCUGGCAGUGGCCUGGAACCGGCUGGACAUCGCAAAGAGCGAGAUCUUUACUGAGGAGAGCCAGUGGAAGUCCAGUGACCUGCACCAGGCCAUGCGCUCGGCCCUAGUGGGGCACAAGCCGGACUUUGUGAAGCUGCUGCUGGAGAACGGGGUGUGCCUGAGGAAGUUCCUGACCGAGGACACGCUGUCCGACCUGUACGGCCACCUGGAGCCGGGCUGCCUGUUCCUGCGGCGGCUGGCCAAGCGCAUGAGGGGCGAGAGGGGCCGCCGGGGCUGCCCGGACCAGCCCGGCCAGAGCGGGGCGUGCCUCCGCCACGUGUCCGACGAGGUGCGCCACUACCUGGGCAGCUUCACCGAGCCCAUCUACCCGCCCGCCCCCGCCCGGCCCCGCAUCGAGAUGCCCGAGGAUGACCUGCGCAUCACGUUCACACAGAAAGGGCCCGCCGAGCUCCGGAGCGUUCCGUCCACGUGCCCGGAGAGGGGUGCCGAGGGGAUGUGGGACCCGGGGAGGGACCUCUUCCUCUGGGCCGUCCUGCAGAACAGGAAGGAGCUGGCUGAGAUCGCCUGGCAACAGUGCAGGGACAGCAUGUGCGCAGCGCUAGCUGCUAGCAAGAUCCUGAAGAAGCUGGCCCAGGAGGAGGUGGACGAGGGUGACGAGGCGGACAAGAUGCAGGAGCUGGCUGAUUACUAUGAGAAACAGGCCAUAGGUGUAUUUAGCGAGUGCUACAGCCAUGACCAGCAACGUGCCCAGAAGCUUCUGAUUCGGAUCUCUCGAUCCUGGGGCAGGACCACCUGCCUGCGUCUGGCUCUGGAGGCUGAUGACAAGAGCUUUGUGGCCCACGCUGGAGUUCAGGGCCUGCUGACCCAGAUCUGGUGCGGGGAGCUGGCUGUGGAUAACCGGCAGUGGAAGAUGUUGCUGUGCAUGCUGUUCAUCCCCCUGAUCUACACCGGCCUGCUGACCUUCAGGCGUGAUGAGGACAUACACAGGGAGACUCAGCGGAAGGAGAGGAUGCUCACAAUGGAUUCUGUGACUAGAAGUUCAGUUACAUCUCAGAUCUGUGAUUAUAUAGAGCAAACAGAACUGCGGCCGCUGACCUGUGCAUCGCGGUUGGUCAGCUUCUUCUGCUCAUCGCAGAUCAAGUUCUACUGGAACAUCGUGUCUUACUUCGGAUUCCUCUGGCUCUUCGCCUACGUGCUGAUGAUGGACUUCCAGAUUAUGCCCUCUUGGAAAGAAUACCUGCUGUAUGGCUGGCUGGCCUCGCUGGUGUGUGAGGAGAUACGCCAGCUGUUUGAUGACCCCGAUGGAUUUGGGUUUCGGAGGAAGUUCAAGAUGUACAUCAGUGACCUGUGGAACAUUCUGGAUGUACUAUCCAUCGUUCUCUUCAUUAUUGGCCUGGCCUUAAGGUUAACCACCGUUCUGUUCUAUGCGGGAAAAGUAAUCCUCUGCAUCGAUUUCAUCGUCUUCUGCCUGCGUCUAAUGGCCAUCUUCAUCAUCAGCAAGACUUUAGGCCCCAAGAUCAUCAUUGUCAAAAGAAUGAUGAAGGACUUGUUCUUCUUCAUGUUCUUGCUGAGUAUCUGGGUGGUGGCAUAUGGGGUUGCCAAGCAGGGCAUCCUGAUCCACAACGAGGAGAGGCUGAACUGGAUAAUACGGGGUGCGGUGUACGAGCCCUACCUCAUCAUAUUCGGGAAUGUCCCCACCAACAUCGACAACGUGGAGUUUGACAUGAACACGUGCAGCGUGAACGGGACCGACCCGGUCAAGCCCAAGUGCCCCGUCCUGAACGCCAACUUCACGCCGGCGUUCCCCGAGUGGCUGACCAUCAUCCUGCUGUGUGUGUACCUGCUGUUCGCCAACAUCCUGCUGCUCAACCUGCUCAUCGCCAUCUUCAACUUCACAUUCCAGGAAGUGCAGGACAACACCGACACGAUCUGGAAGUUUCAGCGCUACGAGCUGAUCAAGGAGUACCACAGCCGGCCGGCCCCGCCCCCGCCUUUCAUCAUCCUCAGCCACCUGUACCUCUUCGUCAGACGCGUGGUGCUCCGCAGGCCCCCCCAAAAGCACAAGCAGUUCAAGGAAGAGCUGGAUCGGGCGGAGGAAGAGGAGGUGCUCUCCUGGGAGGCCUUCAUGAAGGAGAAUCACUUGGCCAGCAGCCAGAGGGACCUGAGCCAGAGCAUGGAGCGCCGCAUUCAGGACACCUCUGACAAGGUGGGGGUCAUGGUGGAUUUGCUGGAGGGGGAGCACGACAGGGAUUCUGUUUCCAUGGCGAAAAGGCUGGCCCAUCUGGAGGAGCAGGUCUCCCAGUCCACAAAAGCCUUACAGUGGAUAAUGAACGCCCUCAAAUCCCAGGGUUACGAGACUCAGGAAGAAGCCCCCGUGCUGUGUGAGUUGACUCGUUCUCUGUCUGCGCUAGAAGGAAAUCUGACCGACACCGAUCCGGCCGAACCCCAGAAAGAGAAAGCCACGGAAAAGACGGGGUAUCACGUGAACGCCCGGCGGCUCCAGUACCCCGACAGCACCGUCAGACGGUUCCCCGUGCCAGAGGAGAUGGUGCCCUGGGAGGUAGAGUUCGUCGGUUACGACCCCCCCGUAUACAACGCUGAUGAGAACACCGUCCCUGCACAGUCGGAGCAGGCCGGCGGCUCUGACGUCAAUUUGGGCAGUUACAGAAACCCAGAGGGAAGGACGGGGAUGCAGGGGAAAGGGGCUCUGAAUCGCCUGGGCCCAAACCAGGUCCUGGACCCAGUCCUCACACGUUGGAGAGACGAUCGGAAAUCUGCUCUGGAGUUCUUGGCUGUGUGGGAUAGGAAGGAGGGGGUCUGGACAAUACCUGGGGGGCCCGUGCUCGCCGAUGAGGUGCUCCCACAGAGGCUGGAGAACAUACUGGACAGGAAGCUGCAUGAGCAGAUCAGAGACAAACUGGUCAGCAGGGCUGAGGUCAACGAGGUGUAUAAUGGUUAUGUGGAUGACCAAAGGAACACAGAUAAUGCCUGGGUGGAGACGACUGCCUUCAACAUACACCUUGACCGGAGGGGUUUGUUGAUGGCUGACCUUAAUAACAUGGCUGAGACCAGCCGGGGCUCGGCAGAGCUGGUGAAGUGGCAGGAAGUGAGCCACAGGACGCCGGCGUGCGCGUACCAGAGAGAGGUCCUCCGCAAGGUGGCCGAGUUACACGGCAGACGCUUCUGACGCUUUUCCGACGCCGUCGCGCAGUACGGGGACCGUACGGGCUGUCGACAAUCCCUGGAGCACUUUAAAACCUCAACGGUGACCUUAUACAUGUCAGGUUCUUCAGAGAAAUAUUCUGUGUCUGUGUGUUUCGCCACAAACAUGGCUGCAGACCUGGGUCAAAUACGCAUUUGUUUCGGAUUAAAAUACUUUUCUGUGCUCUGUUGAUCUUGCCUGCUCUAAUUGAGCCUGCCAAAAGGUGGGUUUUGCACUUUUGAGAGUAUUUCAUUGGUUCCAGUACACCAGACAAGAUCAGUAAAGGGUAGAAAAGUGUUUGAAUCCAAUACCAAUACGUAUUUGACCCAGGUCUGCAUGGCUGCAUAUUAAAAACAUUAUUCAUGUAGAGUAGACUCUCCAAGUAAAAUAAAUGAGACCGAAUCAUUCCUUUGACUCAUGCCUUAGGUGUGAUUCCAUUCCCGAUAUGAAGUGUAUCAGUCAGUGACUACUUGACUCAGCUUCAAAGAGCCACCCGUGGUGCCAUUUUGUGAAUGUGGCCAGAAUAUAGCCUUAAAACGAAUACGUGGUUUUGUAAGAAUCGUGUGAUGGAUGUUGAUUUGCGAGCACUGUGGAUGCCCCACUGAUCAUCGUUACCUUAACUGUCAGUCUUCCAGCGCCUCUGUGAAAUGGUGAUGGUAGGUCUUCAGAUGUGUUGGCAACCACAGAAGGACUUUCAGCACUAGGCUAUAUGUUGUAUAUUGCCUUGUAGAACCCAUUGACAUUAUAUUACCUGCAGGAUAAUUAUGCGUGCAUUCAGUGAAUGUGCAAACACCCCUAACCUUGUAAGCCUUAAAUAAAUUCACAGCUUAAGAAGCAUUAAAAGAGAAAGCUGUGCAUAGACUACAUAAUCAGCUUGUGCGAUCACACCAAAGGACGCUGUGAAUGCCUUAUUUGACAUUUUAAGGGUUUGUGAAAUCAACGUCUUUAUUUGUUUUUAAUUACAGUAUGCACAGAUUCAUUCUCGUGAAUCUGAGUUCUCUUUCUCAUUCAUCAUUAGUCAUUUCCUAAUGCUUUAGAUCAUAUUGUAUGUAAUUUACUGCAUAACCAUGACAUAAUCCAAUAAAUUAACAAAAUAUGGAAAAUGUAAAAACGUGAACAUUUAAUAAAAAAAUGAGACUAUUUGGGAAUUGUUCAUUAUGUGCAUUAGACCGCCAUCAAUAUCAUAAAAAUAUCAUUUUGCAAAGUGUGACUGGUGAGAAAUGAUCCCUGAUAAAAUCAGAUGGUUACAAGAA